CUAAAGCUUCUUGAUCUUUAUAUCGAUGCACACCAGACUAUAACAAGACUAUGACCUGCAUAAUCUAUCACUCUUUUCUAAACUAAUUACCUCCCCUUCUUCCUCUCACGCCAUUGGCAAAUCAUGCCCCCUCCAGGUGUUGGCCCUAAUAAGAGGCCAGCGCCCAUAACGUCAUCCGCCUUUGCCUUCACUCUGGGCACUCCUAAACAGAAGAGACCCAAAGCUAGCGAGCAAAUAACAUCCUUGCCAGUGAAUCCUCCGCCACCCCCGUCACCGAAUUAUCAGCAAAAGGCGCGAAGCGAGAGUAGCGAUGUUACCAUACAAACGCCUUUUAGACGUCGAAAUGAGCAGUGUGGGACGAGCAGUAAAGAGACAUCUGGGUCCAAAGCAAGAACAGCUAGUCCGUUUAUCAAUCCAACCGAUCACCCCAUCUCAAACAUGCGGCAGCAUUUCUCGCCCGCUCCCCUAGACGUAGCUCGUCGGACAGCUGGAGGUUCUUCCAAACUCCAGCCUGUGUCAUUGCACACUCCCAGUCGUAAAUCCCAAGAACCAGAAUCUGCGUCCAAACCAAAAAGUUUUCGACGUGUAACCGAUCGGCUUGAUCAGCUGCCUGCCAAAAGGGAAGAAUCGGCAGGAACCAAGGUGGCUCUUCAGGCGACAAGAUUGUCUGGGAAAGCGACAGUGGAUCUGGCAGCGAGGAAGAGAACGAUACUGGCUGAAGACGAAGGGGAAAUUGGUGUCUCUCCCAACGGGAAAAAGAUUACCAAAUGGAAUGGGAAAGGUUAUACGCCCGCAUCUGUGCAACUGGCAAAUUUACUGUCGUCCUCAAAGGCAUCCACACAUCUCUUCUACACAUCCAUGCAAAAUAUCCUCAACCCUUCACGUCGGGGUCCUGGGCGAAAUCGGCCGCCGAGGUAUGAGGGUGGCAUGGAUAUAACCACGCCCUUACAGCACAUCCAACGGGCUGCCCCUAUACGCUUGAAACCGCUUUCAUGUAUCCCAGGCCCCACGCAUCAUUGCGAAAUAUUCUGGUGCAAAGUCUUGAAAUGGUCAUCUUCUGAAUUGAUUCAAGCCCGUGAUCAAGGUGAAAAGGUCCUCCUGGUACUCCAGCCAUUUACGGCAGAUGCUCCCAGGAUGGGAGUCGACCCGAAAUUGGUGGCUGCGAGGAUGAAGGAUGAUAACAAUAUCAAGAACUGGCUUGUGGGGAUCUGGUCAUGUAGCGAGAUACAGCUGCCUGCUUAUGAACAUGUUAUGGAAGAGGGACGUGGGGUGCUCGCCGACAGUGCGGGCGAAGGUAACCUUUGGGCAGUUUUUGGCACAAGAUAUUUGAUUGCAGAGGAUGAUUGAGGGGGUCAUUGGAUAGUUGUAAUUCAUACAUAUCAUACAACAAAGAUUUUGUUAUUAUACAAUGCUAGCAUCGCAUUAUGCCGCUUCGA